AUGUCCCGAUCGAACCCCCCUAACCCCACGGGGUCACGCAAGAUCUCUUUCAACGUCAGUGAGCAGUACGACAUCCAGGAUGUGGUAGGCGAGGGUGCAUAUGGUGUGGUUUGCUCCGCCAUUCACAAGCCUUCCGGCCAAAAGGUCGCUAUCAAGAAGAUCACCCCCUUCGAUCACUCCAUGUUCUGUCUAAGAACCCUGCGCGAGAUGAAGCUGCUGCGAUACUUCAACCAUGAGAACAUCAUCUCCAUCCUCGAUAUCCAGAAGCCCCGAAAUUACGAGUCAUUUAACGAAGUCUACCUCAUCCAGGAGCUCAUGGAGACGGAUAUGCAUAGAGUGAUCCGCACCCAGGACCUGUCGGACGACCACUGCCAGUACUUCAUCUACCAGACGCUCCGCGCGCUCAAGGCCAUGCACUCGGCCAACGUGCUGCACCGUGAUCUCAAGCCCUCGAACCUGCUGCUCAACGCCAACUGCGAUUUGAAGGUGUGCGAUUUCGGUCUUGCGCGAUCUGCGGCUUCGCAAGAGGACAACUCGGGAUUCAUGACCGAAUAUGUCGCGACUCGAUGGUACCGCGCACCCGAGAUUAUGUUGACUUUCAAGGAGUACACCAAGGCCAUUGACGUGUGGUCCGUUGGCUGCAUUCUGGCUGAGAUGCUCAGCGGCAAGCCUCUUUUCCCUGGCAAGGACUAUCACCACCAGUUGACGCUGAUCCUGGACGUGCUGGGCACGCCCACGAUGGAGGACUACUACGGAAUCAAGUCGCGCCGUGCUCGAGAAUACAUUCGAUCUCUGCCUUUCAAGAAGAAGGUGCCUUUCCGAACGCUAUUCCCCAAGACUUCGGACCUCGCUCUCGACCUGCUCGAGAAGCUCCUCGCAUUCAACCCGGUUAAGCGCAUCACAGUGGAGGAGGCUCUGAAGCACCCAUACCUCGAGCCCUACCAUGACCCCGAGGACGAGCCCACAGCGCCCCCGAUCCCCGAGGAGUUCUUUGACUUUGACAAGCACAAGGACAACCUCAGCAAGGAGCAGCUGAAGCAGCUCAUCUACCAGGAGAUUAUGAGGUAAAUGUACCUACCUAUGGCGAGGAUAUGUUUGCGUAGCUGGGAUCUGGGAUCCAACUGGCCUCGAAGGGAGGAACUUGAUAUCAUGGCUGUUGGGCAGACAUUGUGGCAAUCAUGACACUGCAGUGACUGGGACAUAUGGAUGAAUAGCAUGGCGGCAGGUUUGGAGAUGGUAGAUAGACAUACCCAAACACAGGUGCGCACACAAUGACCUCUCUGGUAUUAUCCUGCAUGGCAUGGGCUUGGCGUGUGCCGGCUGAGGCGCUGGUGGUGGCAACAUGGAGGGAGGAUAGAGAGAGGGACGGAGGCGAGAAGGGCUGGAGAAGUUUAUGAUAAAGUGCAUACUGAAACAGUUUUCCUUUUAUUAGUCAUGUUUAGUUAUAUCCAAAACAAGAAGUUCCAUC